GUGAAACCCAUGUCUUACCCAAUCACCUUCGCAAAUCUAUUAAAACGAAACUUGCCUUGACCAUCAGUUCCAAGCCGACCAUCGACAAGUAGAGUCGCACUUCUUUGCGUUAACAAUAAUUAUAAUUAGACUCUUCACGCUUGAACUACUACUUAGUGUCAGCAAGAAUGUGCGUAAAGUUUAUUAGCGUAGUAGUGCUAUACUGUUGGCUUCACCUAUCGGUAGCUGCCCCUGAUGGAAAAUACAAAAGUGAUGCAGAAAAUCUGAACACGGACAAGGCAGAUAUUGCAUUCCCAGAUGAUCUCGAUAUAAGAAAAUUUCCAAAGCAAAAUUUGAUGUUCCACCAUCACCACCAUCAUCCCGAUUUUCAUCAUCACCAUCACCCCGAUUUUCAUCCGUUUUAUGAGGAAUCGGAUGAGAGUGAAGAAGAAAUAUCCGAUGAGAUGUUCUGGGGACAGGAAUCCCGUAAUGUUUCGAUGCAGAUUCCAUUGGAUUAUAUUCAAGACCUUAAUCGGUACAACCUGACCGAUUUGCUUUUGAACUUUGUCGAAGGUGAAGCGGACAAGCCAUUUGUAACAAACAGUGGAGGCGAAGCAGAGAGGCCAUUUAUAGCAAGUCGAUUUGGGACUGAUGAUGAUGACCAAAUUGAAAAGAGUCCCUCUGUGGAAAUGGCCAAAGGGGCAGAAUGUAUGCCAGAACUGCAAACAGUAAACAUUGUAUCAACUGAUGAUCCAACCAUUUUGUAUAUUCCGCAAUGUACGCGAAUUGAGAGGUGUGGGGGUUGUUGCAAACAUGAUCUUUUGUCUUGUCAACCAACCAAGAUAGACAACGUCCCUUUCAAGGUUUACAAAACUCAGUACACAGGAGAGAAGAAACUGAAAUUUUUGGGAGCUGAGCUUAAAUUAGUUGAGAAACACACCAAAUGUAAAUGCCAGUGCCGCGUACAAGCAGAGAACUGCAGCAAAUUUCAAGAGUACCGAGAAUCUGAAUGUCGUUGUGCAUGUAAGAACCAUGAUGAGAAGAAAAAGUGUCACAAAAUGAAUGACACAAAAUUAUGGAAUCCUGAACUAUGUACAUGUCAAUGUAGAGAGACUAUACAGUGUUCCACUGGAUCAUACUUUGAUCAAAAUGACUGCAGAUGUUUAGCUUUGCCUUUAAACAGACGAGGAAAUUUUCAAAGGAGAAGCUACAGAUCUGAACCUUUACCAGUAGUGCCCCUGGAUGAAGAUUACUAAUUUAAUGCGGAAACUGCGCAUUACAACUCCUAGCAGUAAUUAAUCCAGAUUGAACAAAAAAUGUUCUCUAAUUGUGAUACUCAACUUUUAUAUUAAAGGGUUUGUUAGUGCAAUUUGUAGUGUUUGGCUCGUUUGAAUGAUAUUGUCAAUUCAAAUGAGGGAAAAUUAAAACAGUUUAAGAAA